AUGUGAUUUGACAACGCAGGCGCAAUCGGAUCAGGUUGGGGCCAUUGGGAGAGAUGGUUUUCUUAUGCUGGGGUAGACCUUCUUCUGAACAGCAGAAAUCUUGCAUAAACAAGUCGGGAACUUUCAACUAUGAUUCGAAAUAUAGAGGUGCUACUGACAAGUCUGUGUCUUCCCUCAAAGAGGACAGGGAGCUCUCUAAUGGUGGUUAUCAUUUGAAUCAUGCUCGUGUUUUGGUUGGUUCUGGUGUUGAGACUUAUGAGAAGGGCAAGGCAGCUCUUGAGAAUUGGAGGCAUUUUGGAUUAAAUUGGGCAUUUGUUGAUCCCAAGACGCCAAUUCGAAGUGGAGUGAAGUUCUGUGUUUGUCUCAAGGAAUUUCUACCGUGGGUCAUGAUGCCUCUUCAGGUGGUGUAUGUGAAGGAAAACAGAAAUGCUAAGAAGGCUGUGGCCUCUUUUGGUUUUGGCAGUGGCACCUUGCAAGGGCACUUACUGGCUGGGGAGGAACGCUUCUCAAUUGAGCUAGAUGAGAACAACCAGGUAUGGUAUGAAAUUCUUUCCUUCUCGAAGCCUGCUCACUUUCUGUCAUUUAUUGGCUACCCAUAUGUACAAUUUAGGCAAAAAUAUUUUGCUCAGCAUUCCGCCAAUGCUGUUCUGAAACACUUGUAGCACUGUGUAUGCAUUACGCUUCAAUAUCAUAAAUAUUGCUUUUUCAAUAUGAUAUUCGGUUCUUGUAUUCUUUUAUUACAUAAAUCUUGUAACAUAUUUAUCUCGAUUGACUUCGAAUUUUAGCUAUGGCUUUUUACUGCUUUAGCUCACUUGUGUUAUUUUGAGUCAAGGAGUCUCUUAUAAUAGAAGAUGAUGAUUUCCAUUUGAGAUUUGACAGACAACUGAGUACGAAGGGGAGCCUUUUCUAAGAGAGAAAUAUGCACAUACAAGGCAGCAUGCUAGUGUAACAAAGUAACAAUCCUAACUUCAGAAGGCUUAUUUAUUUACUAAAACGGUGGAUCCAAAAGCAUCCUAAUGAAAUCAUCCAUCUUGACCCUUGUGUUUUAACCUUCUAGUUGUGCAUGAAUGAGAGAGGAAAACAGAAGGAUAAAAAUAGUUCAACUUAAUUUGCCCGUGAAUGGACAAUCAUCUACAGCAUUACAGAUUUUUGUUUGUGUCUAUCUUCUUUUGAAUUUCUUGCGUUUGGUUCUUUAUAUCUAUGUUAUGAGCUGGCCCUUUCUUUUGUUAUUCACGCUACAAACUAUUGAAGUGAACAAGCAGAUGAUGGUGAUGGUGUCAUUUUCUUAGCCUAGAAAGAGGAUGGUAAGACAGAGAAAACUUCCAGGAGGGGCGGAUUGUUCUAGCCAACGUGUUACUGCAUUUUAAGCCUCGGAAGAUGUUGAUUUGCUACAUUGCCCUUCCCUUGUCUGAUCUCUACAAACUUUCUCUACUAAGGCUGAUGGGAGAUAAAUAAGUGAAAAUCACUCAAGCUAUAUGUGUUUGGAUUCAGGGAAGGGGAUCAGAAAGGAAGAGUCAUGGAUAGGUGAAUGGUGUUAUUAUGUUAGUGAAGAUAAAAAUCCAGAGCUUAUGAAUAAUGAACUAGUAUGCUUUAU